AUGGGGAACGUUUCAAGUUGCUGUGAAUCAUGCUUUCAAGGGCGCAGGUCGCAAUCUUAUGAGCCUCUUUUACUGGAGAAUGAACGAGAGGCAGUAGCGGAUUUGCUCCAGUAUCUAGAGAACCGAACGACCACCAACUUCUUCACGGGAUCCCCCUUGUCUGCUUUGACGACCCUCUCUUUCUCCGACAACGUCGACCUUCAGCGGAGCGCUGCCCUCGCCUUCGCGGAAAUCACAGAGAAAGAAGUCCGCCCUGUCGGUCGCGACACUUUGGACCCUAUUCUCUUCCUGUUGAGCAGCCAUGAUACCGAGGUGCAGCGCGCUGCUAGUGCUGCUUUGGGCAACCUUGCGGUCAAUACCGAUAAUAAGCUGCUUAUUGUCAAGCUUGGCGGGUUGGAGCCUCUGAUCCGUCAGAUGUUGAGCCCGAACGUGGAGGUGCAAUGCAAUGCCGUCGGUUGUGUUACGAAUCUUGCGACCCAUGACGACAACAAGACCAAGAUCGCCAAGUCGGGAGCUUUGGUUCCACUCACGCGGCUGGCGCGUUCGAAGGAUAUGCGCGUUCAACGCAAUGCGACAGGCGCUCUCCUCAACAUGACGCAUUCAGACGAAAACCGGCAACAGCUGGUCAAUGCCGGCGCGAUCCCCGUCCUCGUUAGCCUAUUGAACUCUCCGGAUACGGAUGUCCAAUAUUAUUGUACAACUGCCUUGAGUAAUAUUGCUGUGGAUGGUGCGAACCGGAAGAAAUUGGCGCAGAGCGAACCGAAGCUAGUGACAAGUCUUGUCAUGCUUAUGGACAGCCCCAGCUUGAAAGUUCAAUGCCAGGCGGCGUUGGCUCUGCGCAACCUGGCCAGCGAUGAGAAGUAUCAAUUGGAAAUCGUCAAAGCUGAUGGCUUACAGUCUUUGCUGCGGCUGCUCCAAUCGACUUACCUUCCUCUCAUCCUGUCUUCGGCUGCCUGCGUCCGCAAUGUCUCUAUUCACCCUCAAAACGAAUCGCCCAUCAUCGAAUCCGGAUUCUUGCAACCUUUGAUCACUCUUCUUUCCUUCAAGGACAACGAGGAGGUUCAGUGCCACGCCAUUUCCACGCUGCGUAACCUUGCUGCGAGUUCGGAGAAGAAUAAGAAAGCGAUUGUUCAGGCCGGAGCUGUUCUUUCUAUCAAGGAAUUGGUCUUAGAGGUCCCUAUCAACGUGCAAAGCGAGAUGACUGCGUGUGUUGCCGUGCUUGCGUUGAGCGACGAGCUCAAAGGGCAAUUGCUGGAAAUGGGAAUCUGCGAGGUUUUGAUUCCCUUGACUAAUUCGCCAAGCUCCGAGGUCCAAGGCAACAGCGCGGCAGCGCUAGGCAACUUGUCAUCCAAAGACGGUCGCUCCCCAACCGACGACUAUUCGGCAUUCAAUGACGUUUGGGAUAAACCUGAUGGUGGCAUGCACAAGUAUCUCUAUCGGUUCUUGACGAGCCCGGAUGCUACUUUCCAACACAUUGCGGUGUGGACAAUUGUGCAACUGCUUGAGUCUGGAGAUCCCCAACUCAUCAGUAAUAUCCGGGGUUCAAACAUCUUGAUACCCAACAUAAGGAAUCUUGCGACAUCACGGACAACCUCACCCGCCUCCUCCGUUGGUACACCUCGAUCGCACCAUUCGCAGCACUCCUAUCAGGAGACGGAGACAAACGACGGGCAGGGUGAGAUCCAAUUGCUCUCACGCAGAAUUCUUGACUUCGUGGAUUUGGACAUCGAUGGGUUGGUGUCUUCAAGUGUACCAGGAUCGCAUGUACAACCAGGGUCGUCGCUGGGGAGCUCCAGUCGAGAUCACGAAGAGCUCCGACGAAGUGUACGAGAGGCCUUUGCGCCAGGAUCACAUCGUUAG